AAUGCAAGAAUAUCUCUUGGCGGAUCAAAGAAGUAAAGCGGAAAUAGACCAUAAUGCAAUGCGCCGACAUUAAAAAUAGAACGAAAACUGUCUGCAGCCUAACAACAUGUGUUUACAAGAAACAGGUAAAAUAACAAUGAAUGCGUAACGAGAUUAAAUCCCUGAAUAGAUUAAGCAUACAUUAUAAUAUCUGUGCAAGUAUUUCAAUAAAAGACAUAGUAAAAAAUUCGAGACAUUCAAUGUAAAUCACACGUGUGGGUCUACUUUCACUUUGUCUACGACCGUAUGUUCCAAAUAAGGAACAAUACAAAACAGUAGCACACUGCCGCUAAAUAUUAACGUGCUCAAAAAUAUUCAUCUUUAGCAAAGAUAAAUUACUCGUAAGGGCUAUACUAGUAAAUACAAUAUUCAUUAAAAUUGUAACAGACAAAACUUUACACUACCAUAAGAUGCAAGGUCAAAUGGUUAUCUAUGGUAUUCCUUGCUGUGAUCUUGUCAUUUAUACUAAAAAGGGUAUACAUGUUUGCACAACUUAAAUUUGAUGAAUUUGUUUUCUGUGAUAUGAAAAUGAAUGUAUUCAUUUCAACAUUUGUUGGCUAAUGUUACAAACUCAAGCAUGGAAUAAAAUAAAUUUUUUAUUAAACAUGUUGUUUUCAGAUUCCUGGGAAAAGUACAAAUGUCAAGCACAUUUUUUUAAAUUUAGGUAGUUUCUGUACAAUUUGAUUUCUAGAUGGCCAAGAAAUCAAGUUCUAAGUUAAGAAAAGUUGUCCAUGUAAAGAAAAUUUUGCUGACAGGUCCGAUUGUUGCUUGCACCAAAGAUGGCACCCAAUGUUGUUCUAUCUAUGCUUCUCCUGCAUCUCAUUAGCUUCCCUGAAAAUGUAUUUUGGUUUAUUGAUAUUUAUUUAAGAUAGCAUUUUUCCUCUAUAACAUUUAAGCUUUGAUACCAUACAUUAAAUUUAUGUAAAUAUUUCAAAUUACUAGGAAAUGAGGGUGAUCAAUUCUGACAAGAAAGCAGACAUAGGGUAAAUCUUGGAUUUAUAAGUACAUGUACAUUACUGGGACAAUAUUACCUGACGGUUUUCCAUGUGGUCGCUGUCUAAAUACUAUUUGGUAAUGUUGAUGAAUCAUUGACAACUAGACCUACCGUCACGAGUACAUUUCGGGGAAAAAAAAACUUUUUUAAUUUGAUCAAAUUUAUAGUGGAAAUCACAAUAUUUUGUUUUAAUCAAGCAAUUUUAUUUAUCAUUAUUUUUUUUAAAAAAUCUAUACACGUUGUUAGGUAGUGGGAGCACGUUGUUAGGUAGUGGGAGCGCGUUGUUAGGUAGUGGGAGCGCGUUGUUAGGUAGUGGGAGCACGUUGUUAGGUAGUGGGAGCGCGUUGUUAGGUAGUGGGAGCACGUUGUUAGGUAGUGGGAGCGCGGCGUACUGCACGUAUUGUUGUUACGUACGCGUUCAUUGAAAAAAAUGAAAGCAUUAAUUAUAAUUCAAUUCAAAGUUAGGAAAUACAAUAUUUCAUUAUUUAUAAUUGAAAGUUCAAUUACAAAAUGUAUUUUUAUUUUUAUACUUUAAUCCUUUUUUAAAUCUUACCAGUUGGUAGAAACUGAGAACACAAAUUAGGCCUUUAUGUUGUUACAAGGUGAAGGUCAGUUGGUGCUAGUGUGUAUUCAAUUUGAAGAGCAGAACGGAAUGCAUAUGCUGUAGGCCUACAUGUAACAGUGUUUAGAUAGAACCAUUUUCCCCCAGUUUAUUUCCAUCUUUGUCCAAAUGCUUUUUUGAAAAAGUUCAAGGACAAAUGGUACUGGGGUUUUUAUGGCAAAGUCGCUGUGCCGAAAAAAAUAUUCACGUCUUUCCCCUCAUACCUUCCUUCGAAAAUUGAAGAAAACAGAGUCUAAAUCCUUUCUACUGACAGCUAGUACACAUUAAACAGCACAAAACACCCUAAUGCAGAAUUAUUUACAAGCCGUUAAUGUGAUAACUAGUUUCUUGGUCAAUUUAAAAAUCGAAUCUGUUUAUGAAAAGCUUAACAACUGUUUGCAAACCUUCUCGCUCGCAUAUGACGUCACAGAUAAUAAAAUAUAAUAUCGAACAAUAUAUGCAUAUCGCAAGAUUUGAAUUUCAUCGCUUUCAAACUCAAAAACUACGCAAACUGUUUCAUUUAAAACACAUGUAAAGUGGUUUUGGCAUGAAAUUAAUUAAUUAUGCUGAAAAAAUUAAAAAGUUUAGAAACAUGCGAUGUGUCCUUUCACAGCAAAUUAACAACUCAACUUUACGACAAACGGGAUGAUUUCAGCUUCUCCAUCAACUUUCCCUAUUUACGAGGGUUGUCCCAAAAAGUCGUAGACAACGUUCAUGAUUUUCGAAAUACGCAUCAAAUCCAAAAGAUUUUUUUAUAUGAGAACACUUUCACUUAUUCUAAUCAAAAAUAUAAAAUCUGAAACUAGAAAACUGACACGGUCAGCAAGGGUCCCGCUGAGGGUUAUUAAAGGAAAGUGACAUCUGUAUUUGAUAAAGCAGUGUUUGGGGCUGGUAUAUAUGUUAGAAUUCAUAAUAUAUAAAGAUACAUUGGAAUGCCAAUUUGUGAAAAAGGAAUCAUGAAGCAUAUUUAUGAGAGACGUAUGCAAUUUAAAUUACUUCUGUUUGACACACACUCAUCCACUCAAACACAACAGAGUGUAACUAAAUCUCAUUGUAAUAGGGGAUUCAAAAUGGAUAACUGGUACAAAAUAUGGUACACACUAUUCGAAAAGGAUUAUGAAUUUGAUAUAUUGAUGUCUUGGAAAAGGAAAUUCUGACAUCGGGGCUCUAAGCGUUUCAAACACCCUGUCAUUUGACAGUGUUCUACAUUUUUAAAAAUAGAGAUUAAUAAAAAUAUCUUUACAUACAUAGGUGAAAAAGUUUCCAUUAUUCCUAGCCGAAACACACUAUGUAUGCACAAAAAAAUUCAUAUUUCGGAUUUCAAACAUUUCGGUUGAGCAUCACUGAAGAGACAUUAUUUGUCGAAAUGCGCAUCUGGUGCAUCAAAAUUGGUACCGUAUAAGUUUUACAUUAUGACCCCUGGGUCGAGGCCUCUGCUGGUGGACUGUUAGUCCCCAAGGGUCUCUACAGCCCAGUACAUGUAGCUAAGUAUUUCGUUACUAGCUUGAAAAUACGGAUGUAUAUUUAAUUGCUGUUAUAAAAUUUAGAAAUUCAUUUCAAAAUUAAGGAUUAUCUCCCUCAUGCAUAGCUCUUAUCCUUGGACGAAUUUGGCUCCACUUUUUUGGCACGCUGUUUUUGGCUAUAUUUAGCUCUAAAACUUCAUAGUUAUUUCGGAUUUCAAACAUUUCGGUUGAGCAUCACUGAAGAGACAUUAUUUGUCGAAAUGCGCAUCUGGUGCAUCAAAAUUGGUACCGUAUAAGUUUUACAUAAGCAAAUAUCAAAAUACUCAGGUAGAAAUGUGGACCUUACCGUCAACAACGCCAUUUCGAGAUUUUCACCGACGAAAGUUCGGUAAUAGUAAUGAAUAAGGUACACUCAUUUUGUAUCUAUUUUGUGACUCUUUAUUAAAAGGAACAGUUCUCUAAUGUGUAACGUGCAAUUACUACAUAAUUCAAUAACUUGAAGCAUGAAGCAGUUUCACUUUGCAACCGGAUAUACGAAAUUUUAUUUCGUAUUCCGAUCCCACUCGAAAGUUGUUGACUGUAAAUGACGUGUUAAUUCAAUAUACAUGUAACAUCAAGCAUUUUUUAUAUCACAUUUAAAAAAACAAAACAAAUAUAUAUACACACACACAAGGUUGUAGAGUUAUUUCUUGUACAUUGUCUAUAUAUCAAUACAAUGCAUAUCAUAAUUCAAAUUGAAUUAUCUCUUUUAGACAGUGGUAAAUAAAUACGGUCAUAAUAAGAAAGAUGAUGGCAUUCAAACAGACAAAGUGAUAUGACUCCAAAAUCUAUAGGUGUCUUCCUCUUAUUCUAAAGUAUUUCUGUACAAAAUUUGAAAACUAUACAAUGAAGACUGUAUGAGUUAUCGUGUCACAAAGAAAGUAUUCAUAAUAACAAAGAUAAUGACACACAUACAGACAAAGUGACAUGACCCCAAAAUCUAUAGGUGUCUUCCUCUUAAUGUAUUUCUGUACAAAAUUUAAAUACUGUACAAUGAAAACUGUUUGUCAUGAGUUAUUGUGUCACAAAGAAAGUGUUCAUAAUAACAAAGAUCAUGCCAUACAGACAAAAUGAAAUGACCCCAAAAUCUGUAGGCUUCUUCCUCUUAUUGUACAUUAUUUCUGUACAAAAUUUGAAAACUGUUUCGAGUUAUCGUGUCACAAAGAAAGUGUUGACGGACAGACGGACAAUGUGAUUACUAUAGGGCUUCCCGCAUUUCAUGCGGGGCCCAAAUAAGUAAUAAUUUAAAAAAAGAUCAAUGGGAUGUUACUGAAUAAUGCAUUGUUGGCGAACGUAAAAAAAAAAGAAGGGGGGAGAUAUUUUCUUUGUACCACUGAUUUAGAUUGAUUGAUUGAAUAUUGUUUUACGUCCCUCUUGAGAAUAUUUCACUGAUAUGGAGACUUCAACACUGCCGGUGAAGGGCUGCAAAAUUUAGGUCUAUGCUCAGCGCUUAGGGACAUUGAGCAGGGAGGGAUCUUUAUCGUGCCACACCUGCUGUGACACGGGACCUCGGUUUUUGCGGUCUCAUCCGAAGGACCGCCCCGUUUAGUCGCCUCUUACGACAAGCAAGGGGUACUGAGAACCUAUUCUAACCGAAAGCAAUAGACCUUCCUCCGAAAAGCUACAUCCGGUUUGGUUUUCGCUUUUAUGAUAUGUUUUAUCACGUGAUACCCGACAUAUGUUUACUCGAUACAAAAUGGACGUUAGUACAAUCCGUGCAUCAACAGUGUGUAAUUUACAAAAUUUCUUGAAAGAACGGGGGAUUAGCGCUCAGAAAUUGAACAAAGGACACCUUGUAAGGCUUUGUGAAGCGGUACUUCAUCUUGACUUACCAAAAAAUCCCGAAUAUAUAAAUAUUUCAUCAACUAAUGACGUUAUUCGCAAGCUCGAUGCACUGGGGUGCAAGGAUCCUCUCACCAUGGAUGGGUUUUCAAAUACUCUGUCUGAUAUUCCAAAUAUUACUCUUUAUGACGUUUUUAAUUAUCUAAUAACAUCGAGAUCUGACUACGACAGAAAAAAACUCAAAGCUUACAAAUCAUGCGAGGAUUAUAGACUAUAUUUCGAUGGUCAUGUGGAUGAUUUGGAGUACCACGGUCUCUCUAAAGAAGAACCCUUAUGUCUCUUCAGAGCAAAAGUCAAACCAACUCAACGAGAUAAAACUUACUUGAAUGAAAGUUACUAUAAAUUAUGGAUCUGCAUUGGAAAACAGCAUGGCAAUGUUAGAUCAGCAUACUGCACAUGUAUUGGAGGUGCUGAUGGUGCAUGCAGGCACAUAGCAGCUGUACUGUAUGAAAUAGAGGCGUAUGAUGAGAAGUCAUCCACUGACGGGGAGAAUAAAUGGAUCAAAAGACCAAGACAUCAUGAUUGUCCAGUUCCAAUUAAAAGAUUAAAAAUUAUGAAAGCAAAGUAUCACCAGAAUCCAGCUGCAGCAGAUGUCAAUAAUAACUACACAAACGACGAGUUUGAUCCUCGUGCUGUUGUUGAGGAAAUGAAUGAUGAAAAACUGGAUUCUUUUUAUGCAUCUUUACAAAAGAUUGACCCAAAUACACAGGCUUUGGAUUUGCUGGAAAGUAAAUUUGAUGAGUCGGAUGUACGAAAAACAAAUGAUGAUCAGUGUGUCAUGUGGUCCAUUUGUGAGAAAUCAGUGAAUUUUCUUGAUGAAAAAAAGCUAAACUAUCAGUCUGUUGAUGAAGUACCAGAUUCUUUAUGUGAUACCUUUCUAGAAAAUAUCCAUGCCAGUGAAGAAGACAUCCAGUAUGUUGAGUCGCACACAUAUGGAUAAUCUGAUAAUUCCAACUGGCAUGUAGCACGUAAAGGAAUGAUUACUGCAUCAAAUUUUAAAAAGGUGUGUGAUUGUGUGGCUCAUAAAAGAAAUCCCAAUUACUUGAAGAAACUGUUAUUGGGUGCAUAUAGUGAUGCAAAAUCAGCUUCCCUUGCAUGGGGUGUAAAGAAAGAAAGAUGUGCAAUGAACUUGUAUAAGAGAGUGGCAGGAAAGAAGCAUAUUGGCAUGGAUAUUAAAUUUCCUGGAUUGCGCAUAUUCAAAGAUAAACCUUACCUAGGUUGCAGUGUUGAUGGACUGUUAACAUGCAAAUGCAAACAUCACGGUGAGACAAAAAUUAUUGAAAUAAAAUGUCCAUAUAGUGACAGGGAAAAGCUACCGAAGGAAGUGGCUCUUCUAAAAGGAUGCGUUAUGAAUUCUAAUGGAAAUUUACAAUUAACUCAGAGUUCAGACUACUAUCCCCAAAUACAGGGUCAAAUGGGUAUCUAUAACUGUCAAUUUGCUGACUUGGUCAUAUAUACCAAACAGGGAAUCCAUGUUGUUGAAGAUAUUGUGUAUGACGAAAAAUAUUUCAGUGAUAUGAUUGAAAAAUUAGAAAUGUACUUUAAGAAUAUUUUGCUUAAAACUAUGUUUGUCAAUUGCAACAAAACUACAUUUGUAGAAUAGUAAAAUUGUAUACUAUCUGGAUUUAUCUGUUUGUAAUACAAAAUAUUGUCAACCACAGUAAAACAUGGUAUAUAGCGAACCUCAAGGGUCAAUGAAAAACAGUUUCUUAUAACCAAACUUUGUUUUAUCCAAUACAAUUUUCAUUUUUUCCUCUCUCAGAGGAGAAUAAAUAUCACUUCACAAUAAGAAUGAAUUUGUUAUAUGCUUGUUUGUUAUAAGCAUGUUUUACCGAAUAUUGAAUUUUUUUUAGAAGCCUGUAAAAAUUGUUUUAAAGUGCUGUUUAAUCCAGAAUGGGGUCUAAUUCAAUAUUUUGAUUGGAAUGGAGUCAGUGGUAUCUGUACGAGAGUAUUCAGAUAUCCUGAGUGAAAAAAUUAAGUAAGACUGGUUAUGACAUUUCACAUUUAUUGUAAUUUUAGUUGUAUGUACAAAUUUGAUUUAUUUCAUCCGAAAUAGAUUGGAUUGUCAAUAAAUCUCUAGAAAUUGUAAUAUCUUAUGUAUA